AAAUAACAGAAUGCGCCAUGUCAUCAGUCAUAAAUGGUACAGUCCAUCGUAUCUGAGUUCGUCGCUGUAGCUUCACUCUGGGCGCUUGCUGCAGUUUCCUGUGAAGGGUUGAUGCAGGAGAGAACCAUGGCGGCCACUGAGAUAGCGCGACAAGCGGGAGAGGGUGCACGUGCCGUCCCACUCUCUGGUCAUGUUGGCUUCGACAGCAUGCCGGACCAGCUGGUCAACAAGUCCGUCAACCAUGGCUUCUGCUUCAAUAUCCUCUGUGUGGGGGAGACGGGUUUGGGAAAGUCCACCCUCAUGGACACCCUGUUCAACACCAAAUUUGAGGGUGAACCUACACAGCACAAUCAGCCUGGAGUGCAGCUCAAGUCCAACACUUACGAGCUUCAGGAAAGCAACGUUCGCCUCAAGCUCACUGUGGUCAACACUGUAGGUUUUGGAGAUCAGAUCAACAAAGAGGAUAGUUACAAGUCUAUUGUGGAGUUCAUCGAUGCUCAGUUUGAAGCGUACCUUCAGGAGGAACUGAAGAUUAAACGCACCCUACACAGUUAUCAUGAUACACGGAUCCAUGCCUGUCUGUAUUUCAUCGCUCCCACUGGACACUCGCUAAAGUCCCUUGACCUGGUUACUAUGAAGAAGCUAGACAGUAAGGUGAAUAUCAUCCCUAUCAUUGCCAAAUCAGAUGCGAUCUCAAAGAGUGAACUGGCAAAGUUCAAAAUCAAGAUCACGAGCGAGUUGGUGAGCAAUGGUGUCCAGAUCUACCAGUUUCCCACUGAUGAUGAGACUGUGGCAGAGAUCAACUCAACCAUGAAUGGUCAUUUGCCUUUUGCAGUGGUGGGAAGCACUGAGGAAGUGAAGAUUGGGAACAAGAUGGUGCGAGCACGCCAGUACCCCUGGGGAACCGUUCAGGUGGAGAAUGAGAAUCACUGUGAUUUUGUGAAGCUGCGAGAGAUGCUGAUCAGGGUCAACAUGGAGGACCUGCGAGAGCAGACUCACACUCGCCACUAUGAGCUAUACCGCCGCUGCAAGCUGGAGGAGAUGGGAUUCAAAGACACCGACCCCGACAGCAAACCCUUCAGCCUCCAGGAAACAUACGAGGCCAAGAGGAAUGAGUUCAUGGGUGAGCUGCAGAAGAAAGAGGAAGAGAUGAGGCAGAUGUUCGUCCAGAGAGUCAAAGAGAAGGAGGCAGAGCUGAAAGAGGCGGAAAAGGAGCUUCAUGAAAAGUUUGACCGUCUCAAGAAGCUUCACCAGGAUGAGAAGAAGAAACUAGAGGACAAGAAGAAGUCUCUCGAUGAUGAGCUAAACAGCUUCAAGCAGAAGAAGACAGCCGCUGAGCUGCUGCAGUCACAGGCCCAGCAGGCAGGGAGCUCCGCCACACUCAAGAAGGAUAAAGAGAGGAAAAAUUAACUCCUCCUCACCUGCUCCCAGUCCUGCAUGAGUCACCUUAUGCUGCUUCUUUUAACUCUGUCUUGGCCACCCGUUGGAAGAGGGGAUUGCAGCUUCCACGAGAACUAAGCGUCCACUAUUCUUCCUGUCUUUUUCACUCCGUCAGCCUUGUUUGAAUGUUUUAUUUAAUUGUUUUUUUUGUUUUUUUCUUUAAUUUUUAAACUUUCAUGCUGUGUGCCCUGUUGAACAUGGCCUUAUGUGGGCUUAACAUGGUAUUUUUCAACAAAUAUUAGCUCUGUUUCCUAAUUAGGGCAUGCUAAGCAGUCCCUCAUUAGUAUUUUUAUAGACAUCAUUUGCUGGCGACACCAGAGCCACGAGCUCUGAUAGAAAGGCUGUGAACUAACGCAAUGCUUUUGAGUUUUAGUUUAGCAUUUUACAUCUAUGAUAUUGCCUUGUUCAUUUAAACAGUUUACUUUCUUUUAAGGAUAUGUGUUUGUGAAUGAACCUGCAUGUCCUCAUCAGCAUUAACACAGUGUUAACUGUGGAGCGAAUGGAUACUAACUUAUUUGCAAGCACUACGUUUGAUUUAGGGUGUGAACUUUAAGUUGAGUAAGAAUAUCUUUAAUAAGACUUAAACAUUUUGACACGCUGGCUGUGAAUAUUGAGAAAAUCCAAAGAAAAUGGGCCCGAAAGUUCCUGGUUGAUAAUGCAGCAAAUGUGUUAAGUGAGAGAUGUUUAACUGUAAUUUAAUGAGAAUCUUUAUCUGAAAGCAUGAACAAAAUCUGAGAGGUUUGUAUUGUAUGUUUUGUAAUGCCCUAUACAUUUUACAGGACACAUUUUAAGUCUUAAAUACUCACAGCAAUAUAGUUAUAAUUAUUUUAUUUAAAAUAUAAACUUAGAGAGUAAUGGAGAACCUAUUGAAAUACCAUGUAGGUCACAUUCAGUGCCACUUUUUUUAUAUUCUUUAUCUUCUGUUCUUUUGCAUGCCCUGAACAUAUUUUUGUUUAUAUAUGAAGUUAUUCUUUGCUUAGACAUAUUUACACUUCAAACGCUUCUUACUUUGGACCCUUUUUAUUACAUGUAUUUAUUCCAGGUACAAUAUGUGCAGUUACAUUAAAUUUAUAAAUGUCAUUUCCCAUUUUGCCAAAUAUUGCAUUGAGAUGUACAUCGAGGGUUUUCAGUCAUUUCAUUUCAAGUAAGUCAGUUACGAGGUACAGACGUUCGUGCAUAUGUGUGCAGUACAUUUAAUUUUUAAGGACCUAUUACUACGUUGAAACAUGUUUUAAUGAUUAAUGACAUUGACAAGUGACUGUUUUCUGUGUGAAACAUUUUGGGUGUCAAGACUGGCCUACAUUUUUCUAAUCAUCUUCCAUAUUUUCCCCUUCAUGUCAAUUACCCCCACCCCUGUAAUACCAGAAAUUUGUGAAAUAUUUAACUGUAGUAAGAUUCCAUGGUGUACAUUUUCAAUAAAACUUCAUGAAAACAA